AUGCUUGGUCUUUCCUAUGAACAGCGGUCGAAUUUCCGCUCGGAACGCUACCUUGUCCAUCACAGUCCACAAGGAGGAGCACACGACAAUUUCCCGGAUCAUUUCCAUCCAGACAAGCACUCGUGGCCCGGAUUGUCACCUAGACAAGCUGAAGCAUUGCAGAGACACGAUCCAAGAAGGGAAAAGGAUUCAAAAGAACUGGGAAAGGGGUCGAUUGUCCCAGAUUUCCCGUCAGAACAUCGACAAAAUGACAAACGGCUACAAGAAGUUGGAAAGGAGACUCAGCUCGAUCAACCAAAGCGUUUAUCCGUCCCAAACACCUAUAAAGAGUUCGUGGCGGCGCCGGUUUCUCCAAAAUCUUUCGGCAAUUAUCCAGAGUUGAAAAAUGUGGCUCAAUAUCGGCCACCAGUUGGGAAAUUCUCGACACCAACACCGCUGAAUGUUGAAAGGAACCAAGCACCGAUAAAAGAAACGAUUGAAGAACCAGAUGAGUAUGAAUACGAAGAGCAGCCAAAUGCCACGAUGGAGACGAAAGUCUCGGGGCAGGGACAGCCGAAGAGAGUCGGACGCUGGACUCUCGCUCAACUCCGUCAGACUGAUGGAAUCAUCCCGUCGCAAGCCGGUUGGAACAAGGGAGACUCGCAAAAGUUGAUGACCAACUUCGGAACGCCGCGUAACACGAACACCCGUGUCAAGAGCGAGAAUCUCAAGGAGAUCCCAGACGAUGUGGCUCAACGAACUCAUGGAGAAGUCCGUCUUCAAUCCGGUACCAACAAAUACGCCUCACAGAGAGGAAUGACCAACUUCGGAUCGGGUCGUGAUGUUUGCCGAGAGUCGGUUCGCGUCAACCAGAAUCCCGCUGAUUUACCUGAGCUUCCGGAGGAGAAAAUUCGUCUCUCCGAGGGAAUCGUGCGUCUUCAAGCCGGUACGAACAAAUAUGACUCGCAGAAGGGAAUGACUUGCAUUGGUACUGCUCGUCGUGAGACCUACAAAUGCAAAGAUACCAAACAUCCGGAAUACGAUCACGAGAAACCCGAUCAAAGCGAGAUUCCACUUCAAUCUGGAACCAACAAAUUCGCCUCGCAAAAGGGAAUGACCUGCAUGGGUACCAACCGUCGUGAGACUUGCCGAAUCGUUGACACGGCUCACCCCGAAUACAAUCCCGAGUCAUCAAUCGAUGGAUCCACCAUUCCACUCCAAAUGGGAACCAACAAAUUCGCCUCGCAAAAGGGAAUGACUUCCUUUGGACAAGGACGUUGGGAGGUGCUCGACCCAUCAAUCUCGUGGCAAAACAGGAAAUCUCAAGGAAUGGUUCGUCUCCAAUCCGGUACCAACAGAUUCGCCUCGCAAGCGGGAAUGACCGGUUUCGGAACAAUCCGAAACACCACCUACGAGGCUGAGGCUGGAGAGCUUCCAUAUGAGGACAUGAAGAAAUCGGAGACAAUCAUCCCAUCACAGGCUGGAUGGAAUCGUGGAGACUCGCAGAAGUUGAUGACCUGCUUCGGCUCGUCUCGAGACGUCAAGGGAAAGCACUUGAAGCGUAUCUGGGAACUCGAGUACCCAGAAGAGGCCGAGAUUUCACUCGACCGACUC